ACUUCAGUCUCCAUCUCCACUCUUCAGUUGUUCUAAGAAUUUCCAACGCUCAGCAGGUGUUUUCGAAGUUUGAGUCUAGAGAUCGACAAUAACAUAAGAUAAAUACAUUUGUUUACUUACGUUACGAAAAUGUACCGGGAAAAAUGCCGAAUGACGUCAAACAUAGCCUUCCACCGCUCACAAUCGGAGACCUCGCGUCAGGACGAAGAGCUGAUGCAGAACAGCAACAGAGCAUUGGUUUCAGAGACCCACCCGCUUGAGAAGUUACGUCUGCUCUGUCUGUCGCGCGGCGCUGCUGGCGUACUGGGCUUGGGAAGGACCUUCCGCCGAUUGGACAAAAAAUAUAACGACAAACAGCUCAACAAGGCGGAGUUUAUCCACAACCUCAAAGAAACUGGUCUCCAACUGAGCCACGAAGACGCCGAGUCUCUCUUCGAUCACUUCGACACCAAAAAGAGCGGCUUGAUUAGUCUGGACGAGUUUUUGAACGAAAUCCGUCCCCCAAUGCACGAUUCUCGUCGUGCCAUUGUCGAGCAGGCGUUCAGGAAACUGGACAAGAGUGACGAUGGGAUUGUAUCUGUUGAAGACCUUAGAGCAGUUUACUCCCCUGAGGCACACUCGAGAUACAUAAGUGGAGAGGAGACAGCCGACGAAAUAUUCAACAAGUUCCUUGUAAACUUUGAAACUGAUGGAAUUGUGGAUGGCAAGGUGACACUGGAGGAGUUCAUGAACUACUACAGUGCUAUCAGCAUGGCCAUCGACAGCGACUGCUCUUUCGACCUCAUGAUACGUCAGGCCUACAAGCUGUAGUUUGUCAUCAUGGAUCCGAUUGCAUAUUUCAAGAUAUUAUUCAAAAUAUAUUGGUGUCUAAUGUCUAUCUAUAUUUCACUCUUAAAGUGUUGUAUUUGAAUAUUGUGAAAUAAAGUAUCUAAAAUGGAA